UGCCUCCCUCCCUUCCUCCCUGCCUCCGCGGCUGGGCCUGGGGGCCUGGGCCAGCAACAAGUUAUGAUUGCAGACAUGGGCCAAGGAGCCAGAGGCCGCCCAGAGGCCCGGGGCCCAGGAGCCGCUGUGUGAGGCCGCAGGACACAGGGUCGCCAUGGGGAUAGCUGCCCCGGGCCUCCUCUCGACAGUCCUCCUGCUUCCUCUCCUGGUGUCUGGGGUCCCUACCGAGGAGCCCACCUCUGGGGAAACUGUGGCCUCCAGUCCCCCUGGGCACUGUCGGCGGUGCUGUGACUCUGAGGACCCCCUGGUCCCUGCCGACGCUGCAGAUGUGUCCUCGGCCUCUCCGUCCGCCCUCCCAUGUGUGCUGCCUGAGGUCAGGCCCUUCAUUAACAUCACCAUCCUGAAGGGUGACAAAGGGGACCGCGGUCUGCUGGGCACUCCUGGGAAGCUGGGCAAGGAGGGUCCCCGGGGGGAGCGCGGCCCGCAGGGCCCCAAGGGUGCCAAGGGGCAGGCGGGCAGCCCCGGUGGCCCGUGCCAGACGCGCUUCUCGGCCUUCUCGGUGGGCCGCAAGACGGCCCUGCACAGCAGCGAGGGCUUCCAGCCGCUGCUGUUCGACACGGUCUUCGUGAACCCGGACGGGCACUUCGACCUGGCCGCCGGCCGCUUCGUGGCCCCGCUGCGCGGCCUCUACUUCUUCAGCCUCAACGUGCACAGCUGGAACUUCAAGGAGACCUACGUGCACGUCGUGCACAACGAGGAGGCGGCCGUCAUCCUGUACGCGCAGCCCAGCGAGCGCAGCAUCAUGCAGAGCCAGAGCGUGAUGCUGGCCCUGGCGCCCGGGGACCGCGUCUGGGUGCGGCUCUUCAAGCGCGAGCGGGACAACGCGGUCUACAGCGACGAUGUGGACACCUACAUCACCUUCAGCGGCCACCUCAUCAAGCCCGAGGACGAGUAGGGCCUCCAGCAGGGCGGCCCCGGGGCGUGGCCGUGGGCACGUCCGUCCCCUGCAGGGCCUCGGUUUGCUCCUCGGUAGCGUGCACCCCGGGGCCUGGCAUCCUCCUGAUCUCCUUUUCUUUUCUUCCCUCCGUCCCUCCUCCCAGCCUGUAUUUGCCUCUCUCCUCUCUCGGACAUAUUUUAAGAA